AUGGAGAUGAAGAAGAUUGCCUGUGGAGUUCUUUUCGCUGCUGCUUCCAUGACCGCCGUCAUGGCUACCGAAGUUGGAGCUCCGGCACCAGGACCCGCCGCAAGCGGAGCCUCUGCAGCCGUACCGGUUCUUGGCUCUUUGGUUGGGGCUUCCCUUGUCCGCAGUAAUCUUGUCCGCAUCGAUAGAUUCCGUCACUACAAAGGCACACUAGAUGACCGUGUCGUGCUUAUCAAGAAAUGGGCUUAUGGAGGAUCAAUUUUCUCUGAAAAGAUAUACCGCGACUUAGCGGUUUUAUCCAUGGUGAGUGGUCACAAAAACUUCUUGAAACUGUUAGGUUGCUGCCUAGAGUUCUCUUACCCGGUUCUAGUUUGCGAAUAUGCAGAGGUCAUAACUCGUAGCUUGAGAGGAGCAAGAUGUCCUAUUGAUCCAUCACUAUCAUGGAGUAUGAGAAUCGUUAUAGCAAAAGAGAUUGCAAACGCUUUGUCUUACCUUCACACAGCGUUUUCAAGAACUCUAGUCCAUAAAGAUAUACAGCCUUGUCAGAUUUUCUUGAAUGAGAAUGGAACAGCCAAGUUGGGUGAGUUUUGCAACUGUGUUUUCAUUCCAGAAGGUGAAACGUAUGUUCAAGACGAUGUAGUGGAAGGGACAUAUGGGUAUCUUGAUCCUAACUAUGUGUCAAAAGGUUUGGUUAGUGAGAAGACUGAUGUGUAUAGCUUUGGAGCGUUUAUGUUUGUUCUUUUAACUGGAAGAAUACCGCAACCGAUCUUUGGGACAAGAGAAGAUCAUUUGGUGGAAGAUCCAGAAUGUUUUUCUAGAUUGGUAAAGGAUGGGAGAUUUGAUAAGGUUGUAGAUAAGGAUAUGUUGGUUGUUGAGGGUAGAGAGAUAGAGCGAGAGAGGCUUCAAAUCAAAGCAUUUCUUGAGCUAUCAUUGAGAUGCAUUGGUCGUCUUGGAGAUGUUCCAAACAUGACUGAUGUGGCUAAAGAGCUUAAAAGGAUUGAGAGAUUGAAAAGUGUCCCUUGUGGUUCUUUUGCUUUCAUAUGUUUAGUCAAAGAAACGGUUUAA